CUGCAGCUGACCUACAGAGCUUUACUAAUGCCGGACUAAUGCACAGCUCAGUACUACAGCCCAUCUGCGCUUUUUAGCUGCUUCUGCCCUUUCCUUAAACACGUUCCUCAAGCCUGAUUCCCCUACUGCAGCUGGACCAAUAUUGUCAGCAUUGGGUUCAGUGAGUCUUUGCUCUUCGUUGUGGUGGAGGAAGGUGGCCAGCAAGUCUGCGGAUUGCAUGGAGGAGUCAGCUCCGAUGGCGCCAAUCUCUGAAGACACCACCACCAUUCACGCCCUGAAUCCUCAAGUUCUGUCUCAUAUGUUCUCUUCCUUGAACUUCCGAGAUUGUGCAGCUGUUGCAUGCGUGCAACAGGCAUGGCGGGUUUUUGCUGAUGAGGACGACAUCUGGAAAGGCUUGUGCCAGCAGGACUAUCAUUUGACAUUAGCGGAGGACUGGAAUGGGAAUCAAACCUCAUCUUUCAAGAAAGUAUACGAGUCGUGGUACCUUGGGUUUGGCAAGAACCAGUACGGACACCUCCUUCCAAGGGCAAAGCGCUGCUGGGGUGCGAUACUUGAUUGGACUGGCCGGCACGCCCCUGCAAUCGCCGCAACAAUUUCAUCUGGGGCGUCCGAAGAGGAACUUGACCACCUGGAGGAGAAACUGGGCGCACCACUUCCCCCGGCGGUGCGUGUCGUGUACCGGCUCCACAAUGGCCAGUGGGAUGAGAGCCUGUUUGAGAGGGACACCCCGGAGAAGUUGGAACAUCUAUUCUUGGGCCUCCUCGGGGGUUACAGCUUCUAUGACCGCAUCGUCUGCACACGCCUCGUAAGAGCGCGCGAGAUCGCCCCAGUCCGGGGCCACGCCAACCUGGUCCGCUUCGCCGAGUCUCCGAAGCGCGACAAAUACUUUGCGGUGUCCCUGGUCGACGGCGAGGUUUACACACGCACCUUCACCGGCCAUCACCUUCCCUGCUGCCCCCCUGAGUCGCAGCAGGGGGGUCCGCAGGCUGGGGCCAGUAAGGGGUCAGCAGACUAUAAUCAGGGGGAGGGGGGGACAAAAGUGGGGGACGGCAUGCUGAGGUGGCUGGAGGAGUAUGCACAGCGGUUGCAGGAGGGCUGGUAUCCUAUCAAACCCCUGUGGACGGGUGAUCGCACCCGGGGGAUUUCGCUGUUUCCAGAGACUGGGCCGGCUGUGGCAGAAGCAGUGACAAGAGGGGUCAAGGUGCGCAGCUCCGCCAUCUUUGUCCCGGAGCAUUCUCACAUCCACCCCCUCCACCCGGUCAUCAACCGGUACUUCUUCGCCUACUCCAUUCGCCUCUCCUACGAGCCCCCCGAAGAGGUGGCCGGCGUGCAACCCCCCCGAAGCGUACAGCUGCGGUCGCGGCAGUGGAUCAUCCGUGAGAAUGGUGCGGUCGUGGACGAAGUCCGGGGAGCGGGAGUCAUUGGAAAGUACCCGCUCCUGCAGCCGGGCCAGCCCGAGUUCUUUUUGUGCCCGGGAGCCUUUCGAAGCCUAUCGGUCCGGAGUUUGAUGUCAAGGUGGAACGGUUUCCGUUGGAGGUUCCGGACUUCAUCUUCUGAAGACGACGGACUCCAGAAGACUUUCUCGCUCAGCUUCAAAGGGGACAUUAAUGUAAAUACAUCCGACGUGCGGGCUCCUUCUGAUUUGCCACUUGAGCUAAUCAUUUACCCAUUAUCUCUUUGCGUCCAAGUUCGAACUGAAAUAGAUACCUUGGAUACCCCUUACUCCUUGAAUCAUAUUCGACACUGCACACUGCCUGCCUCCACGGACUUGCAGAGGCAGGGCCUCAACUGCCACCAUCAAACUCUUGCAGUGAAUGGUCGCACUUAA